AUGACCCACUGUGCGUACUUAAGUGGCACGUGUCAAUUACCAGACGGCGAGUUCAUGAUUUGGAAACCGACAGCUGAACAACGUUGCGAUUAUCAUAUGAUGAUUACAACAAGUGGCAUGUUAUACGGCUCCAAUUUCAUUGACGACAAAAAUCAAAUAGCAUUGACUAUUACAUCUGAGAAAAAGAGAUCGAACUGUUAUAAAAUGUUAACGGUAACCGAACAAGGCUUUUUAUUGAAGGAAGUAAAAUAUGCUGAAAGUAAUCGCGCUAAUACGACUUGGUCUAAUAUUGCGGCCAAAAUUCAGUAUGCCAAUUUUAAAGCUGUUGCCUACGAUGAUCGAAUCGUCAACAACGCGCUGACAGCUAUUUGCCACACCAUUAAUGAACAUGCAAAACUGAUCGAAUAUGUAAUGAGAUCGAAUCCUACAGAUGUAUUCAGAAGCCUUCUAAACAAAACAGUUAUCGCUAAGGAAGUAGCUGUAGACAUAUUUGAAUUACAAAAUUGUCAUCGAUUAGAAGCAACUGAUUAUGAAGUAACAAGACUAGACCAUUGCACGGAAUUAAUUCCGUUAAAAAUGAAAAUGGCAACGUCCAACUCCGUACUCUUCUUAGAUCCAGUAACGAUGAAACUUCAAAGGCAGUCAAGAAUUGUUAACUGCAAUUCACCUCCCAGAAUCGUAAAGCUCGGAGAGAAGACAAUGCUUUAUUAUCCUACUGGCAUUACAAGAACAGUCGAGUUGAAAUCUGUAGCCGAACCACAAUCGAAUUUAACCUUUCCUGAAUACCACUUUUCGAUGAAGUCAGUUGAUCUUAAAGAGAUCGAGAUGUCGAUCCCAUUAUCAAUUAUUGGAGAUCAGAAUCGAGAGGAAAAGGUUGUCGAGAUUACUCAAAAUCAAGUGGUUAUAACUGAAAGUAAUCCUCAAAUGCUUUCAAUGCUGGCCAAUUAUUUGAAUAGUUGGUGGCUGAUGAUUUGGAGACUUUAUGUGUCCUUAAUCACAGUAAUAACUACAGCAUGUUUGAUCAAAAUUGUGAGUGGCACAAUUCAAAGAGCAAUAAGUCAAAAGAUGAAUGUAAUGAAGAAGAAUGAGAAUGAAAAUCAUGAAGAGCAAAAUGAAGUUAAUGAAAAGACAAUCAAUAUUUUGCCAAAUAUUUAG